AUGCGGCAGAUACUCCGCGCCGCUCCUCGGCUUUCAGCUCGUGUCUCUGCGCAAGCUUGCGGAGGGAUUCUACAGCAAAAUGGCAGCCAGCAACGGCAGUAUUCGCGAACCCCGACUAAACCAACCUCAAGUUGGUUGCCCGUGCCGUUCGUGACCGAGACAAUAGGCGGGAUGAACCACACGACAGACCUAUUCAGCCGACUGCUCAAGGAGCGGAUUGUGGCCGUUUACGGAGAAGUGGACGAUCGUAUGGCCGCCACCGUGACCGCGUCCCUUCUCUACCUCGAGGCCGAUAGCGACCGGCCAAUUUCCAUGUACAUCAACUCUCCCGGCGGCUCGGUGACGGCAGGCCUGUCGAUCUACGAUUGUAUGAACUACAUUGUCCCCGAAGUCUCAACGCUUGUAUUGGGUCAGGCCGCCUCAAUGGGCAGUUUAUUGCUCGCAGGCGGUGCCGCGGGGAAGAGAUAUUGUCUGCCACAUUCGAGUAUCAUGCUGCAUCAACCAAGCGGCGGCUAUUUUGGGACCGCGGCCGACAUUGCGAUUCACGCGAAGGAGAUCCUGAGGAUACGGACGCAGUUGAACCAAAUCUACGAAAGACACUUGACUGGCAAGAAGAAGAUGAAUCUUGAAGAGAUCGAGAAGAUGAUGGAGCGUGAUUACUUUCUCAGCGCAGAGGAGGCUUUGGAACUCGGUGUGGUGGAUGAGAUCCUCGCGAGCAGGAAGAAGGCUUCUGAACAGGGUGAAGAGAGGUGA